AUGGCUGCAGCCCUGGACCCCCAGAUCAGCGUGCCCCUGGAGGUGGAGGGGUGUGUACUAAUGAAGGUGGAAAAGGACCCCGAGUGGGCCUCGGAGCCCUUUGUGGAAGGACCGGACAGCACGGAGUGUGAGGCCUUUCGCAAAUGCUUCAGGCAGCUCUGCUACGAGGAUGUGACUGGGCCCCAGGAAGCGUUCAGUAAACUCUGGGAACUUUGCUGCCGGUGGCUGAAGCCUGAAACGCGCUCCAAAGAACAGAUGCUUGAGCUGCUGGUGAUCGAGCAGUUUCUUACCAUUUUACCCAAGAAGAUUCAGGCUUGGGCCCAGAAGCAGUGUCCAGAAAGUGGAGAGGAGGCGGUGGCCCUGGUGGUCCAUCUGGAGAAAGAGACGGGGAGACUGAGACAGCAGGUGAGCAGUCCUGUACACUCAGAGAAGCGAGCCCCACUCGGAACAGUGUGGGAGGUAGCAGACUUUCAGCGCGAGCAGGCGGAGACCCAGCCCCGGCUGGUGUCUCGGAAGGAAGCUGGAAGCCUCCACGCAGGACACCAGGACCCACUGAGUCAGAAGAGAGAGCAUCGGCUCUUACCCAGGAAUGCUCGGGCUUCUCCCUGGGUUCCUGUCCCUGCUGACAAAUGGAACAGCAUAGGUCAGGAGGUGACAGCCACACGUCUUGCUGCCAGGUCCCAGGAACCAGUGAAAGGUGUCCACAUGGUAAGAGGCUUUUCCUACAAAAAGACCACGCAUCGGAUCCCCACUCACAGGGACGUCUACCGGGAAGGCAGGACGGAGAACUCUGGGAACACCGUCGCCCCAGGAAAUACCGUGUCUGUAUCUAACAAGACAGCCCGACUGUGGGCCGUCGGCUCACGCUCCUCGAGUAAAAGAAACGUCCUGCGAAGCCCCUGCGCCCAGGGCCGCGCAGGCCGCGCCGGCCAGGGCCCCGCAAGGGCUGCUGGGAAGGCGUGGCGAGAGCAGCAGCGGCGCUGGGGCGUGGAAGACGAGAAGAUAGCAGGCGUGCACUGGAGCUACGAGGAGACCAAGACUUUCCUCGCGAUUCUCAAGGAGUCCCGCUUCUACGAAACACUUCAGGCUUGUCCCCGGAACAGCCAGGUCUACGGCGCCGUGGCUGAGUGGCUGCGCGAGUGUGGCUUCCUCCGCACGCCGGAGCAGUGCCGCACCAAGUUCAAAAGCCUCCAGAAAAGCUACCGGAAGGUGAGGAACGGCCACGUGCUGGAGCCCUGCGCCUUCUUCGAGGACAUGGAUGCUCUGCUGAACCCUGCGGCCCACGCUUCGCCUGCUGACAGGCCCGAGGAGGUGACGCCUCUGCCCAGACUGAAGAGGGCUGGCGGCAGCGGCGGCAGCGCCAGAGAGCAGGUCGCCGUGGUGGAGGAGGACGCUGCAGAGGACUCUGACGGUGACGAACUGGGCCUGGGCUUUGUCCACGAGCCUGAGGUUCACGGUGCCCCAGUCUUAUUUCAAAACCUGAGUGGCGUGCACUGGGGCUAUGAAGAAACCAAGACUUUUCUGGAUAUCCUUCACGAGACUCGGUUUUACGAAGCUCUUCAAGCUUGUCAUCGGAAGAGCAAGUUGUAUGGAGCCGUGGCUGAGCAACUUCGCGAGUGUGGCUUCCUCCGCACGCCCGAACAGUGCCGCACCAAGUUCAAGAGCCUUCAGAAGAGCUACCGCAAGGUGAAGAACGGCCACGUGCUGGAGUCCUGCGCGUUCUACAGGGAGAUGGAUGCCCUCAUUAACUCUCAGGCCUCAGCCCCUUCCGCCAGCAGCCCAGAAGCCCUGGCUCCCUCAAGGCGAGAAAGAGGGCCUGUGGAGGUGGAAUCCCAGGAAUCCACAGGCUGGGAACCUGAGGGAACCUCCCAGGAGGCAGUAAUAGAAGAUUCCGGCAGUGAAAGAAUGAGUGAAGAGGAAGUUGUGCGAGAGCAGGAGUUCCAGGGGACCCCAGGUCUGCUGCAAACCCCAGCCGAUUUUGAAAUUGGAAGUAGCAUCAAGGAAGACCUAACACAGGUAAUAUAUAAGGACGCAGAACCACAUAGGGCAUUAAUAGAAAAACCUAAGAGAGUUGUUUCCCAGAACAGUGAUCCCAGCAGAUACCACAAAAGGGAAUGCAUCUCAGGAAGACAAUGGGAAAACUUCCAAGGCAUUAGACAGGGAAAGCUGAUGCCCCAGCCUAGAGAUCUGGGGAAGGCUGUGCUACAUCAGAGGCCUUUCAUGGGGAGGAGACCCUACAGACUUCUCAAGUACGGGGAGAGCUUUGGAAGGAAUGCUCGUCUUAUGUGCCGGCUGACCCACCAGAAGGAGAACCCUUAUAAGUGCAGUGUCUGCGGGAAGUGCUUCGGCAGGAGCAGGAGCCUAAUUAGACACCAAAGAAUCCACACAGGGGAAAAGCCUUUCAAGUGUCUUGACUGUGGGAAAAGCUUUAAUGACUCCUCCAAUUUCGGAGCCCACCAGAGAAUCCACACAGGAGAGAAGCCGUACAGAUGUGGGGAGUGUGGAAAAUGCUUCAGUCAAAGCUCUAGUCUUAUUAUCCAUCAGAGAACCCACACUGGUGAGAAGCCCUACCAGUGUGGAGAGUGUGGGAAAAGCUUUACCAACAGUUCUCAUUUCAGCGCUCACCGCAGAGUCCACACUGGAGAGAAUCCCUACAAGUGUGUGGACUGUGAGAAAAGCUUCAGUAACUGCACACGGUUUCGAGAACACCGGCGGAUCCACACUGGGGAGAAGCCCUAUGGAUGUGCCCAUUGUGGCAAACGUUUCAGUAAGAGUUCUGUUCUCGCCAAACACAGGGAAAUUCAUGUGAGGGAAAAGCCUGUGCCACCUGCCACCUCUGUGUAUUCCCCAGAGAACCCACUGAGAGGGAAGACUGAUGACUUCAGGAAGCUCAACAAGCAUGAGGAGAAGCUGAAGACCAAGAAGCAGCAGCGGAAGGAGCGGCUGUACCCUCUGCGCAAGUUCGCUGUCAAGGCUUGA